AUGGCGAAAACAACAGCUGCAUAUGCCAUCUCACUAUAUUAUUCUCCAACAAUAAUCUUAAUUGUCCUCCUGCUAAACUUAGCGUCACUUGGAAACUCCGGCAAUCAACAAUCGCGAACAAUACCACGAACACCACCCACACCCACACAGCGAACACCACCUAGAACGCGAACACCACCCACACCGCAAACAACACCCAUAUCGGCUCACAUAGACGUGCAGACUUAUCACUACAUUGUGAAAGUCGGGAUCUGCACUAUCCCAUCCACUAACCCUCCGUACAAGGAAUACUACCUACAUAUGGACACUGGAAGCUCCACAGUCUGGAUGCAAUGCCACGGCUGCACAAAAUGCUUCGACCAGACUCCACCCCCAUUCCCCUAUAGAAACUCACAAUCCUUUGCCAACACUGGCGGAAGAACCGGAUUUCCCCAACCGUUCAAUCUCACAUACGCCGACAAAUCAAGUACGUUCGGCAUUCUUGCCCAUGAAACAUUCCAUCUGAAGUCGAAAUCAGGAAGCGUGUCAAAAAUCCCCGGCGUCCUUUUCGGGUGCGGCAUGGUAAACAAUAAUAUGAAUUUCGAGAAAGUCAACGGGCACAACCGGAUUGCCGGGGUUAUGGGGCUUGGUUGGGACUCCCCUUUUCUUACUUCCAUAAGCUCGAAAUUCUCCUACUGUCUAUCACCCCUUCCCUUGACUACGACUUCCCAAUCGUAUCUUACUUUCGGGAACACUACGCCUACCCCUUCAUCCGUGAAAAUCGGGAGAACCCCACUGCAAAGAAGACCGGGAACUAAGUUUUAUUCCCUCGACAUGCAAGGAAUAAGCCUCAACAAAAAAAGGCUCAACAUAAACGCUAACGAGUUAAGGCUUAACAUCGGCACGGUGAUCGACACGGGUUGUCCGGUGACGAGACUCGUGGCGCGCGCGUUUGAUUUUGCCGGAGAUUACGUUUCACCUCGCGGGCUCGAAUGCGGACUCAUGAUGAAGCCGCAGGCGGCGUUCAAGGUGAUUGGGGUGCAGCGCUUGGGUAAGCCAAGCGAGAACGUUUGUCUGGCGAUGAUUAAGGAUCCCAUGAUGACCAUCAUCGGGGCUCAGGCCCAGACCAAUCACAAAAUUGUCAUUGACACCGAUAAGAGAGAGAUGCUUUUCAAUCUGCAAGACUGUGCUAGAAAUCCAUGA